AUGCCACACCUGCGACGACAACCAAACCCCCACGACUACCGGGAUCAAGGCCCCAAUGGACCCGGUAGUCUGCGCACUCAAUUCCAGACCCCGCCAUCUCGACAUACCCCAUCAAACCCAACCCACCGACACCCACCCUUCACAGGACCGCAGGAAGUGGUGACACCAGACAUGGCGCCAGCUCCUGCACACCCGGCUCUACAGGCCAACCCAUUCUCUAUUUUCAGGCGACCCCGUGGUGACCAGCAACCCCCGGAGACUGUGGAGGAAGAAGAGGAAUUGGACGAUGAUUAUGAUCCGAAUGCGCAGGAUGAGGAGCAGAUUGAAUAUGAGGAUGGUAUGGGCGCAGACGAUCAAUUUGACCCCGACGAAGGGAUUGAUGCUUCGGGGAAUAUUGAUGGCGAGGAAGUUGACGACUUACUCGAGGAUGAAUAUGAGGGAGAGGAAGAUGAGCACGAGGACGGUGACGAGGAAAUGCGAGAUCGAGACCGAUCGCCAUCACCACUCCCUCCUAAUCUCCGCGAAAUCUCAUCCCUCGCAUCAUGGACCGUUUCCACCUCCAAACCAGGCUGCGGCGUCGCAGCUCUACGACACCAUUCCCCCGCGCAAUACUGGCAAUCCGACGGACCACAGCCACACACUCUAACCCUCCACUUCUUCAAACUGGUUGCCAUCGUUCGCAUCCGUGUUUAUCUCGACUUCGACCUAGACGAGAGUUACACGCCUACUAAGAUGGUCUUCCUCGCCGGCAUGGGCGGCAACGACCUCGUCGAAUUUGCAACUUGGGAAGGAGACGCGCCAUGUGGCUGGGUCGAUGUACCACUCGAAGGUGUCGGAGGACGCAAUGGAGGCUGGGUACGUGAGGACAUUGUCCGGCGCAAACUUCGCUCAAAACGUACCCGCCGACAAGCAGGGCGUUAUGGCAAAGAUGCUCGCGUCGAAGGGGAACCAGGCGACGAAGACGACCUCGAGGGCGAGGACGCCGACGUGGCAGAGGAGCCUGAAGAACCCUAUGCCGGUAACGUCCUCAAAGCAAUGGUGAUCCAGAUGCGCGUGAUGGAGAACCACCAGAACGGAAAAGAUACCCAUGUCCGUGGCUUCCAAGUAUUCGCCUGCGAUGAUAAUCGCCGCCGGGUUGCGGCUGCGCCGUCUGCUUCGGCUGAUGGUCGGCAUCGACGACACAGUGCCCGGCAGUCUGUGCGGGGAGGAGUUCCUGGUUUAAUGCAUAGUCGGACGGGGAACGAGGAUGUUGAUACUAGCAGGUUGAUUUCGACUUCUGGUCUGGACGAGCCGGAUUGGAUGGGUGAGCCGGUGAUUCGGUGA